GAGCCAAAAGAGACACACUGAGGGGAAGAGACGAGGAGAGAGAGAGAGAGAGAGAGAGAGAGAGAGAGAGAGACUACACAUCUACAAAAUUUAUUCCGUUGCAUCGUCACUCCAGCACCGCUUUAUUAGGGGCAUUAUUUUAAUCUUAUCUGUUAUAGCAUCUGCAAAGUGAGCCUGACAGCACCAGAGAGGUAUUCUUCGAUUCCACGAGGUUUUACACAUCUGAAUCGUAUCGGCUUGUAACAGAGAAGGGAGGAAAUUUCUUCACUUUCUCCAGACCUUAUCUGCACAACCAUCUCUAUUGUUUUGCACUGGGACUGAAAGGAAGAAAAGAAUCAUCACUUUCGUUAGACAAUAUCGCUAAAGCAAAUAUACUGAAGAAAUUUUAAUCUCAAUACGUUGCACCUUUAUGAAGUGUUGAACUGUUGUUUUUUUUUUCAUUUUUUCCUUCUUAAUUUCUUUGAAAAGCAAUAUUGAAAAUCCUUUUUCCUGCUUCGCAGUAAGCUUAAUUAAACAAUGCAAAGAACUAGAGACAAUGUUGCACUGUGAAAGAAGCCAAAGACCACUCAUUUGACAUCAUAAUUGUCUGUGGUGAAAAAUAAAAAGAAUUGUUAGAAAAUAGAAAAAGAACUGCAUACGGUAAAUAGCAGGUAUUUUAAUUUUUGGCGUUUUUCUUUUCACCUCGGAUCCCUUGAAAAUGAUGCUGAGCCCUGACCAACCCGAUUCGGAUCAUCCAUGGGCUCAGUCUGACCCCGAAUCUGUGCUCAAUGAAAUGAAAGUGGGCUGCGUCUCUGAUGAGCCGGGGGACGGAGAAGGGAAGACCCGAGCGAUAGCGCCACAGACCUUAAGCCGUGAAGAGAAGCGCAGGAGAAGGAGAGCCACGGCCAAGUACCGUUCGGCACACGCCACCCGAGAGAGGAUCCGGGUAGAAGCCUUCAACGUAGCUUUUGCAGAACUAAGAAAACUCCUGCCAACUCUACCCCCGGACAAGAAACUAUCCAAGAUUGAAAUUCUCAGGUUGGCAAUCUGUUACAUUUCAUAUCUUAACCAUGUCCUGGACGUGUAGGGAGCAAGGAUUAAUACAUUGUAAAACGAUCAGGAAAACAUCGAACAGCAUUAAUCCACAUUCAGUCGAAGGAAAAGCACGACUGAGUUUGAAUUCUGAAUCUUACAGAGUGGAAAGUUACGACACUCGUUGAAAAUCAAGAAAAUGAGUCAAACCUUAAGCAGAUCAAAAACGUAUCCACUGCAAUAAGAAAAUGCUUCUCAUGAAUGGAAAUGUAUCGUUUGCUGAUUUAGUAAAACCAAACUCCCUACUUCUUGCAGGCAAACAAAUUACAAACGGUCCAAAUAUAUAUAAUAUAUAUAUCCAUAUAGCAUAUAUAUAUAAAUUUUGUUCUUAAUUUUAUUUAAUUGUGACUUUACCUAUAAAUGUUUGGUACGGUAAAUGGACCUGAUGUUAAUUUGAAAGAAACUAAAUGAACAUUGAAGUUAAGGAAAAACUUCAGGACACGUGGAAAGGAAAAAAAAGGGAAAUCAGAGAUUAUCCUAGCUAAGUGCCACUUCUUUCCAAAACCUUUGUUUGUGACCUUAAUCUGUAAGAACAUUAUUUAUUAAUUUAUUUAAUCGUUUAUUUAUCUAUUUGUUUGUUUGUUGUGCAGUUCCUUAGUCGGUUAUUUAUUUGUGUUUAUUUAUUGUUUACUCACAGAUUUCAUUAUUAUUUCUCACUCUGCACUGAGUUAGUUUCUUAUUUGUGCCAAUCUAUUAUUACUGCCCAUUGUUUACAUUUCAAAUGUGUCUAGUAUGAUUUUAAUUUUUAUUUUUAAAAAUUGUUUUUCCUCAAUUGCACUUGUAAAUGGUCGUUUUAUGUUAGGAAUAUGUUCAAUAUUGAAUUGUCCGUUUUCUUUUCUAUAACUACGAUUAGCACUUCACUUUGGAUAGGGCCUAUAGAAACUUGUUGAUAUCAGCGUUAUACUGGAAAUGUAGUUUUAUUGCGAACGUUUUAAGGAAAAGCGUCUUGGAAUUUACAACAUUCUCCAAAACGAGUCAAAAAAGUAUACAUCAUUGCUUUGAUUGAAAAACAAGCUACUAUUCGGUCAUAUGAGUAUCAUAUCAAAGCAAAUCUUUCACGAUAUUAAGUGUUGCCCCUCAAUUUAAAUAUUGGAAUACACCCUCACUUAUUGAAACAAAACAAAACAAAACAAAACAAAAAAAACGUUAAGUUCCAAGGUGCUGUUUCCUUGCUGCGACCAAAAAUAGGAGUGUUUUCAAUUUCGCUUAUUUUUAUAUGUAUCUUUAUUUAUUUUUAGUUUGUCUAAACGUCUCUGCUGUGAACCUCUAAAACACUAACUGAUUUUUAUAUAGAAAGAAAGAGGAAAGAAUUACAUAUCUGAUAUCCAAAGAUUUUUUUGUCUUUUCAGGGUUUUUAUUGUGUCUGUUGCUUUAUAGCACAUGAUAUUUUGUAGUGAAGUAGCUAUACCAAGCUGGUUUCUAACAAACACAGUUUUUUUCAUAUAUUUAUUGGUGAGCUGUUUUGAAAAUA